UACAUCUCGCAGCAUCAAGAUGACAUUACAUUUGACGCUAUUUCCUCACAAGUUUCUUCAAAAGAUUCGAGUAAAAUUAAUUCUAGCGCUUUUUGGACUGCUUGUAGGCGGAACAAUUCUUAAUUACACAUACCAACGAGACGAAGGAAAGGCGAUGACAUAUUUCACAUGGAAGCAAGCAAAUCUACAAUCCAUUAGUACAAAUGUUCCCAGACCACUCAACGAUGUGUUGCUGACGGAACCUCAGCCAAAACCCGGACGCACCAUAUUUUUUAUCGAGACCACCCGCGUUAUCAGGCCAAAACCAGAGAUGAUAAACAACAUGUUACAGCUGACGGCGCGUCAGGCUUGCGCAAUUGAGUCAGCAGCGUUGCAUAAUCCCACUUUUGAGGUGUUUGUCCUGUUCGCUGGUCCCACCUAUCGUUACUACGAGAACAGCAGCCAGCACCAGCAGCCGAUCAUUGAUGCAAUUCUAAGCUAUACGAAUGUGAAGCUCCGUCAAUUGAAUCUUAAACGAUUUGCGACCGGUACACCUAUUGAGGAUUGGGUAAAAUAUGGAUAUCUGUUUAGCUCGAGCUUUUUGAUUAAUCACAUAUCUGAUCUGAUCCGGUUAAUAAGCCUCUAUCGCUUUGGUGGUAUCUAUUUGGACAUGGACGUGGUGGUAUUGCGCAGCAUGGAAGAUGUGCCCCUGAACUAUGCAGGCGCCGAGUCUAAUACUGACGUUGCCAAUGGCGUCUUAAGCAUGGCGCCAACUGGUUUUGGACAUGAGUUUGCUAAAUCUUGUCUACUUGACUUUCAGCAGCAUUUCGAUGGUGGUGCCUGGGGCACCAAUGGACCUGGUGUCAUCACACGCGUAGCAAAGAGGAUUUGCGGCACCGCGAAUAUAUCACUGAUGUUGGAGAAUCGCACACGUUGCCAGGGUUUCAAUGUGUUCAAUCGUACUGCGUUUUAUGCAAUUCCCCCUGGAGAUUCGCGCCACUUCUUUCAGCCGCAAUAUUUGGAACAGACGCUGGUACGCACGAAGGACUCGUACUUAGUGCAUAUGUGGAACCAGCUCUCCAAAGUAUUUCACAUAAAAGUCGGCACGCGAACUGCCUAUGGCAAGUAUGCAGAAAAAAAUUGCCCAAGGUCGUAUGCCGCAGCGGGUAAAUAUUUUUAGAGCGAUUUUUAAUAUCUGUUUGAGAGUGAUUUCUGAAAAUUUAAAGUGUGCUUUCCUCCAGCGAAAGGCAAAAGCUGAUCCAUAAAUAUUCCGUUUCUAUACAACCAUUACUAAUUUAAUUAUAUAUACAUAUUUGGCAUGGUAAUUUCUACUGGUAUUUUUUGUAAUAGAAAUCUCUCAUCAUCUUUUUUUGUU